AUGUACAUCCUAGUGGCAGUUGACUAUUUCUCCAAGUGGGUAGAAGCAAUCGCCAGCCCGACGAAUGAUCACAAGGUCGUAAUGAAGAUGUUCAAAAGCAUCAUUUUUCCGAGAUUUGGAAUCCAAAGAGUAGUUAUCAGUGAUGGAGGAACCCACUUCAUUAACAGGGUUUUCGAUGGCUUGUUGAGAAAGUACGGAUUCAAGCAUAAAUUCGCGACAACUUAUCACCCACAGACCAGCAGACAAGUGGAAGUAAGCAACAAACAGAUCAAAGCGAUAUUAGCCAGAAUCGUGCGAAUCACAAAAAAAGAUUGGGCAUUCAAGCUGGAUGAUGCGUUAUGGGCUUACAAGACCGCUUAUAAAACACCUAUUGGGCGGACCCCUUUCCAGCUUCUUUAUGGAAAAAACUGUCAUCUUCCGGUCGAGGUUGAAUACAAAGCAAUGUGGGCGACCAAGCUGCUGAAUUUGGACAUAAAGACUGCUCAAGAGAAGAGAGUAAUGGUAUUCCACGAACUCGAUGAUAUACGGCUAGAGGCCUAUGAUAAUUCGAGAAUCUACAAGGAAAGAACCAAAGCUUUUCAUGACAAGAAGAUCCGACACAAGAAUUUGAAAGCUGGGAACAAAGUCCUUUUGUUCAACUCAAAGCUUCGGCUGUUCCCUGGGAUGCUCAAGUCAAGAUGGUCAGGACCCUUCGAAAUUAAAAAGGUUCUGCCCUAUGGAGGGGUGACUUUACUAGGAAAAGAUGAGACAGAAUUUACUGUGAAUGGGCAGAGAGUGAAGAAAUACAUGACAAAUGAGAUCACAGAGGUAGGAUCAUCUCUGCGUCUCGUCGAUCCUGCGCCAGUCUGA